AUUGAAUAUGGCUGUUUCAUUUCGUUCCAAGAUUUGAAGUUUAAGUCUUUCGGAAUCUAACAUAUAUCUCCUCUUUCUCUCUUUCCAAAGCAUAGAGCAUUGAUACCCAUAUUUUCAUUUCAUUCGCAUAUCAAUCUUCCUACCCCAUGAUCCUGAGCUGGCGCUAUUAGCAUUUCGCUUGCCAGAGUCACCUUCGAGUUCAGACCCGCUUCUUCGCCUAUAAGCGAAGCAACUCAAAAGAUAGUGUUGUCAUUGAAUCAUAUAACAUGCCGCAAUUAACAUUCACUCCCUGGAAGGAGUACUCCCAGCUCGUUGCAGUGCGAGAUCAAUUUUAUCCGCCACCUGGUUACCAGGGACCCGACAUGCGGCCCAAAGCCUCUAGUAUUGUAUGGGUCUGGAAAGUCCGAGGAAAUCUGCCGCAUGCCGUGGAGGCGACAGCGCUUUUGACGGACGCGAUUUUGCAUGAUGACCCAGGAAAGAAUUCGAUAUUUUCGAUACGCGCGACGUAUUCAUCAGCGUUUUGUAGAUUUAUCACUGGGCUGGUAGAUUCCAAACUACAUGGAAGGAGACAAACCAUGUACCAAAAAGCCAUGACACUUGGGGUACCGGCGUCAUUUGUGGAAUUACGUCACGAAGCAACACAUCGCGAACUCCCCUCCCUGGUGGUUUUACGAAACGCAGCUCAAAGAUCGCUUGAGUGGCUGUGGGAGUUCUACUGGGAGAAGAUUGGAGCUAGCAUUCCGGCGGAGUUGGGUCCACUGGAUAAUUCACAUUCAUCUGAACAAGCUCUGAGCGAUGCCAUUUGGGGUAUUUUACAACCUCUCACAGAGAACAGGGCAGGACGGAGUGACGGAAGUAGAAAGCUAAAUUUGGCAUCAAGCAUACGUGAGCUCGUCGCCAUCUGUGAGAGCGAAAAUGGUGGGAAUAGGCUUCUUGUGAGGGCGCUUCUGCGGCCGGGCGUCCUGGUACCGGAAACAAGGAGUCUUGGAGAUCGAAUGGACCAUAUUUUGUCCACAUGGGAUGACUUCCUGAAGGAGAUAUGCCGACAUUACACGCCAUUCUUGACAAAGUUCGCAGACGAGAUGGCAGACUUACUGUCUCUUUCUAUGUCAUUGGAUGCAGCAAAAGAUCCCUACAGAGAGGGCGUUUACGGAUGGUUUGAACACGUGCUGAAGUCGAGCUCGUGGGCUCUGCUUCGAAAACAAUAUUUGAUUCUAUCCUAUGCCCAAGCAGUUUGCCGAAAUGGAGGGGGAUAUUGGAGGGAUCGCCUUCAUAAUUUAAUCGAGAGCUGCGGAGACUGGUCGGAGUUAUCUGCUAGAUCCGCGCGCAUCUCUCAAGAAGCCACGAAACACGAAUCGGAAACUGGGCUACAUAUGGUCAGCCUACGAGAUCAUGGCUGGACUUUAGAGCGAAAGCGCAUCUUCAGGCCUAUAGGCGUGGUCUAGGGCAUAGCUAUCGUUUUAACGGGGUACCAGGGUUUAGGGUUGCCGUUCUGCUGCUUAUGCAGCGUAUAAUUCCUUCCCCAAGGUACGGUAAUUAUCAAUAACUAAAAGAUUCCCUGUUGCAGAAA